AUGGUAAUAUUCGAUGACCGAACCCUAAUUGACAUCUUAGGUGAUGACCACCUAGAGGGCAGGGCCAAAAGUAUCUUCUUGAGUUUGCCCAGCGAAGUUAAAAGGAGAGGAUUUGAUGAGGUUGUGGAGGAGUUGAGAAGACUGUUAGCUAGUGAUUCUACUGCUGGUCGGUUGCGAGCUUUAGCAGAACUGAGGACCCUCAGACGGAGGCCGGACCAGAGUGUGUCGGAUUUCUGUGUAGCGCUGGAAAAGUCGGGGCGACAGGCAAAUCCGUUGUGCACUGUGAAGGAUAGGUCCAUGGAGUACGCACAGGUGUUGCUGGACAAUCUGAAGGACUGGCCGGAGUACAUUCACUUGAUGAGCGCUCUUCACAAGGUUGAUCCCAGAGAGGCGUACGACACCGUAAAGGAGUUGGCAGUUAGCAUGGAGCAAUCCAAAUCGGUGUGGCAAUCGCGGAGUGGACGAGUAUACGAAAGGGAAAGCUGGAAGAAAAGGGGCGCUGCAUAUGGCGAAGUUGAGAGAAGAGUGCAGGGAGAGGCACGACAUCGAGAUGAAGCGGGAAAGGCACAAGUCGUGGAUUUAGCGGCGCGGGAUACGCCGUGCACCUUGGAGGAUCGCGGAAAUAUAGGGAGAAAUAAUAAUGGAGAAGUAAGUAAAGAGCGAAGGAGGUGCUAUAACUGUUCACGAUUCGGGCACAUAGGUAAAGACUGCCCUCUAAGAAGGACAACGGUAAAACAAAUCGGCAAUAGGGCCCAGAAGAGUGGUAAAAGCGAAAAAUCGGAUGAACUGGCGCGGAUUUUGAACAAAGCGCGGAGUUUAGGAGUGAAAGUGGACAUGAAUGAAGAUGAGAAGAGGCCAUUGGUGGGACAAAAAGUGUCAGCUGCGGCAAGAUUGUUAGAUAUGCAGGUACACCAAUACUGGACACAGGCUCAAUGA